AUGCGGUUGUCAGCCACUUACGAUAUUUAUACUCUGCCUCAAGUAGAGUCAAGUACCAGUGGAACAAAAACGUAUAUUGUCGUGAUACCCAACCACUGCGCCAGUGGUUGGACUCCGCCCAACUAUCUUCACCCCAUCACAUCUCACAAAUUGUACUCAUCUCUCUGCCUCCCAGUUACGCUCUACGGGUCAGAGCUUUGGUCCCUCACAAAAACUGACCUAACAAUGUUGGAAAGAAUCCAUAGAAAAAUCCUACAUACGAUUCAGGGCCUCCCUACCAGAUGUCCCUCGCUAGCACUCACAAGUCUUAUCCGAUUCCUCUCUGGCUGUGAUGGCCUAGAACUAGAUGCAUUAAGGUUUAGAUACAGGACAACAAAUGCCGCACCGGGUGAUGCAAUUUGCAAACUCUGCAACCUAGAAGAUGAAUCACCCUCCCACUUCUUGUCAACCUGCCCAACUCUCUCCUCACCCAGAGAGGCUCUCAUAGCUGUUACUCCGAUUAGCGUGAGAGCUCACAUCACUAUAAGGACCUCUGCGGUCUGCUGCUUGGUCUCGUUUGGCCUUUAG